GCGCUGACGUCAACACCAGGGCAGAGAUUGGGAGCAGACUGAAGCAGGGAGCUCUGGAGGUGCGCCACUUUCACAGAUUUUCAACCGUCCCUGCCGCCUCCGUCCCCUCCCACACCCGACCGGAGAGCAAGAACAGAGUAUCUGUUCAACAUUUCAGAAACCCAAAUGCCCGGUCCCACCCAAGCCCUGUCCCCAAAUGGAGAGAAUAACAACGACAUCGUCCAGGACAACGGAACCAACAUCAUCCCUUACAGGAAAAAUACUGUGCGGGGAGAGCGCGCCUACAGCUGGGGGAUGGCGGUCAACGUAUAUUCUACCUCAAUAACCCAGGAGACUAUGAGCAGGCAUGACAUCAUUGCCUGGGUGAAUGAUAUUGUCUGCCUAAACUACACAAAAGUGGAGCAGCUCUCCUCAGGAGCUGCUUAUUGUCAGUUCAUGGAUCUGCUCUUCCCUGGCUGCAUCAGUCUGAAAAAGGUCAAAUUUCAAGCCAAACUGGAGCAUGAGUACAUUCACAAUUUCAAACUGCUGCAGGCCUCCUUCAAAAGGAUGAAUGUGGACAAGAUCAUUCCAGUGGAGAAACUGGUGAAAGGCAGAUUCCAGGACAACCUGGAUUUCAUCCAGUGGUUUAAGAAGUUCUUUGACGCCAACUACGAUGGUAAAGAGUAUGACCCGGUGGAAGCCAGACAGGGUCAGGAUGCCAUUCCCCCACCUGAUCCUGGCGAGCAGAUCUUCAACCUGCCCAAGAAGUCUCACCAUGCAGCCAGUUCCCCCACUGCAGGAACAUCCAGGUUUAGCUCCACUACCCCCAAGGCUUCAACACCAACAUCCAGACCGUCUUCAGCCAAAAAGAUUCCUGCAGCUGUAUCAACUCCUGCCAAAGGAGAGAAAGAACUGGAAGCACAGGUCACACAUCUUACUGAGCAGAUGAACACAUUAAAGUUGGCACUGGAAGGGGUUGAGAAAGAGCGGGACUACUACUUCAGCAAGCUGCGAGAAGUGGAGAUGCUGUGCCAGGAACAGGGGGAAGAAAACGGUCCGUUUGUCGAGCGGCUAAUGGAGGUCCUCUAUGCUUCAGACGAACAGGAUCGGGUGGAGCUGGCUGAGGGUGAUGGGCAGGAAGUGGACCAGCAAGCCCUUGAGGGAACAUCACAAGAUCCGCAAGAAGAACAAGACGAAUACUGAAUGCCAUCGUCCCCCACCGCAAUCAAAAACUCCUCUUUUUAUUAUGUGAGAACUGUCAAAGAUUUUUUUUAUUUCUCCUCGCUGUUUAUUUCUGUUGUUCUCUCCAAGAAUGAGCACAUGAAGCAACCUUCUGGAUAAAAGUACCAUGACAGGGUUUUGAAUUUUCAGUUUUUGUUUCUCUGCUCACUGUUCUGUGUUUCUGUGACUCUUUUGUGAACUUUUGUGGCAGGUCUGCGCCCAUGACCUCCGCUAGCAGACAAGCUCAGACCAUCACAGAAAUUUUCACAGACUGUGUGGGUGGAAAAUCCUUUCAAUUCCUGCAGUAGAUGUGAUAAUAUGCUGAAGUUUAAGCAGGUAAACUCUACCUGUCAUUACAAGUGUUGAACUCUAUUUUACUUUUUUUAUUUCGGUGUCAUUCUGCAUAUCAAUAUUAACCACAAGAAUGCAAUAAGCAAAGCCCUGGAAGGGCUCGUAGUAGCUCUUAUUUAACCUUCUCCCAUUUGUUGCACUGACAUUGACUCUGUUCUGGACAAUCUGUCCUUAGAUUCUCACCGUAUUUAUUAUUAUUAUUAAGCCUUAGAAAGAGCAAAACUCUGCAUUGCAUCCUCAUGAAGGAGGGCUAUUCUGUUACAGAGUUAUGAAUAAAAUGUAGUAAAAUGCCAACUUGUGACUGUUUGACACGACAGCUGUCCUCACAAUUACAAGAUUUCAGAUAAUCCGUGUGUGGAACGAUGUUUUAUUGGAGCAGAACAGCUAGAACCUGACUAGCAUUAGUCUUAUGAUAAAGCAGCCUCUUUUUUAGGUUCUCAAUCUCAGCGCUCAGUUUGUGUUUUUAGAGUUUUUCUUUUUUAAACCACAGGUCUUAGAGAGAUGAGUCAGUUCACUGAGCAGGUUGCCUCAUUAUAUUCCAGUUAGUACAUUGUGUACCCUUUCUUAAUAUUGUAUUUACUAAUAUUGAGCUGAGCAGCACACAUGAUGCUUUAGUUAUAUACUAUUGUGUAAAUGAAAAAGGAAUGUAAACAUGUACUGUCAAUAAUUAAUGAAUGGUUAAAUGUUUUUUGUUUUUUUCUUCUUCCAUGUCCCAUUCGUUAUGCAUUCCCCCAGAAAUGUGUUGCAUGUUUGCAUUUUAUUUGUGAAUAACUUGACCUGCUUUUUACAUAUUUAAUAAAAAACAGAUAUGUUAAGUCA